AAUUAAUUAGCGUGCCGUAAUGGAUCUUGAUAAACAAUGGCAAUGAAAUGAAAGUGCUUGGAAACUCCAUCUUUUGUCAUUUUGUGUGGAAUUUAACGCAGGCGUCAAAGUAAGAAAGAGCAGCGGUACCUCACUACUUCCUUACUCAUUCAUUCCCACUGGUGAUGCCUUUUUGGAUCUAAUCUCAAUUCUGAAGCAAAUAAUGUCUUUCUUCAGGGAACUACUACUCACAAGGAAAACACUUUUUUCCUGUGUCUCUGCUGAAAAGCGGAAGAAAGAGCAUGAUUGUUAUUUACAGAAUGGAAGUGCGGUGCUUGAGGAGCUUCUUGCUUUAUGCGAUGGAAAUUGCAGAAUUCCCAUCCGUUACUUCUCUGCCAUAGAGAUCCACAAUGCAAUCAGACACUCUAAAAGCAAAAUGGACCUUUCUGAUGUGUCUAUGGUUACGGGAUUACUAGACAACCGCCCCGUUUUAGUUAGGUUCAAUACAUGUGAAUUUAACAAUAUCCACCGAGAUAUAGCGAUUACUGCUCAGAUGAGUCAUCUGAAGAAUGUGUUGAGACUUGUUGGUUGCUGUCUAGAAUUUGAACAACCAGUUAUGGUGUAUCAAUAUGUUGGGGCUAUAACUCUGAGCGAUCUACUUUUCAAAAAGGUUAAUCUUAAUAGAAAAUCGCUAUGUUGGGGAAAUAGAUUACGAGUUGCACGUGACGUCGCUUCUGCAAUCGUUUUCCUCCAUACUGAAUUUUCUACGCCCAUCAUCCACAGAAAUAUAAAGCCAUCUAAUGUGAUAAUAGAUGAGAAGAGCGGCGCUGCCAAAAUAUUGGACUUCUCACUCUCCAUAUCAUUACCUCCAGGGGAAUUGGAGGUAGUAGAUAUUGUGUGUGGAACAUAUGGGUAUAUAGCUCCAGAAAAUAUCGCCUCAGGUAUUAGUACUCAAAAAACUGAUGUCUACAGCUUUGGGGUUCUUCUGUUUGAGCUAUUAAUCGGAAAGAAAGUGUACGAUAUUAUGGAUCUCGUGGUGGAUUCUAUAAAUUCAGAAGAGACCAUAGAUUUUGGAGAAGACGCUAAAUCAAAUACUGAAGAGGGUAAUUCUAUGGAUAGAGUGGAUACUGCAAAUUCAAAAGAGACAACAGAUUUUAAAAAUGUUCCAACCAAUUACUCUGUCGAUCACUAUAUCAAAGAGGGUAAUGUACUGGAUAUUGUGGAUGCAACUAUCUUAGAAGAGCAUGGAAUUGAGAUUCAACAACAAUUGAAAGACUUCUCCGAUCUUGCUAGGAAAUGCAUAGCUGAAAACGGAGAUGAUAGACCAUACAUGAUUCAUGUCGCAAGGGAAUUAAGCCGAAUUGAAAAGUGUUUCCGUGCCCUCUCCCUUGGUUAAAAUUAAAUGUUUAUUUUAAUUCCUUGAAGUAUUUAUAUUAGGUUCCAAUUUCAAUGAAAUUCAAUUUGUUUGUACCCACAUAUAUAUGUUGACCAAAAAAUAAUAUCUGCAGACAAUGAAAUUGCCUAUCUGAUCUUUA